GACGGGCGCCUCCUCGAUGACGGACGGCCUUAACUUCUUCAACUCUUAACACUCUACAAUAUUUACGUCGAACCAGUAAUCAAAACAGUGACUAAACAAUUAAUUCUUUGAAUAAAAAAAAUUUUUCUUGUUCGAAAAUUAGUGUAAAAUAAUUUUUAAUAAAUGAUUGCUCAUUAAUCACAAUCAUAAUUAAAUUGAUAAAAUUUUAUAAAAGUGCAGUGAUCGUUAAUUUAAAUUUUCAAUUUUUAUCAGACUUAUAAAUUUUUUUUUUCCAUCUAAACUAAUGAGUUUUAUCCGAGGAGCGAUGAAUGAUUAAUCUCAAGCCCCGAUAAUUAAAUAAAAAAAUUUUUGACUCACUGAUCGCCUACCCGAUCGCCACAGACACACGUUAUUAUGUCACACUCCCACACAACCGACGGUACAUUUUGUCGCGGGUGUAUCGACGUCGUUUGACAUUUCCGCCGAGAUUUAACACGCCUGGAUGAGUGUCUUAUAGUAUUACAACCCAAAAAAAGUCGAUUUACUUACCGAAAUAAUUAAAGACUCAAAUUAGCAAUUGAUUGUGUCGAAAAAAAUUCAAAUUUAAAAAAUAUUUCCAGCUUGGACUGUCAAUCAAAUCACGUGUUGUGUAAUCCCUAGUUGUGAUUCAUAGUGGUAAUUUAUUUUACAUCACAAAAUAGUGUCUGAGAAUUCAGUGGAGUAUUAUUUGACAGUGGAUUUUACUUUUAAGGGAAUGAAUGAGGAAAAAUAUUAAAGGCAGUACUGUCAUUGAAAACUGACGGAGUGGGUACGGAUGGAUGGUGGAUGGUGCUAAUUACGUGUGGUGAAAUGGAUGGCGCGCCACUGAAAGAAGUUCCUUGGAUAUAUGGAUACUCAUGGGUGGAAUUUGGCCGAAAUGUGCCAGCGUUAUCAUCAAGCUGUACCUUCACCAGCCUCGUCCUCAGCUGGAGCUGCAGGAGCCCAAAAUUCGUCCCCGAAUAAGGAUCAGUCUGGUGGGAUACACGGUUUAUCUAAUAAUCAACACGUUGAGCAAACAAGUCCGUCCUAUUCGCACUAUACAAUGCUGGAGAAUUAUGACCGCAGUGGAGCAACACCGCCGCCACAAAUGAAUUACGCGAGCUCCCAGGGUCUUUUGGCUCUUCAUAAUUCCAUGUAUCCUGGUGCUACUCGGACCUAUGAUGUCGACUCUAGCAUGGAUGGAAAUGAUGGAUCUAUGUCUAUGGAUCCACAAAUUAUCUCUAUACCAGGGGUAUUAAACAGCCCAGUCCAACAAAGACUGGAAGACAUGCCGUGGUUAACAUCUGGACCACCGUUAGACUAUCAGCAAAGCCUGUCAAUGCCGAGUGUCGUGAAGAUGUGCCAUCCGAGUACCUCGACACAGCGUAUCCUAAAGGAGCAACGUAUCCGGCGACCUAUGAAUGCGUUCAUGGUGUGGGCAAAGGUCGAGCGUAAAAAAUUGGCCGACGAGAAUCCCGAUCUUCAUAACGCCGAUCUCAGUAAAAUGCUCGGUAAAAAAUGGCGAGGUCUGACCCCUCAAGACCGACGGCCAUACGUCGAAGAAGCCGAGCGACUGAGGGUGAUCCACAUGCAAGAGCACCCUAACUACAAAUACCGACCCAGACGCAGAAAACAGCCUAAAAGACUGUCAGGAGGAGCUUCCUCGCCUCCGACAAUUGCGAAUUCCGCAGGAUCUAGGUCGACGCCGAGUGGAAAUUCAGCAUCUGCAUCAGCGGCUCGUCAUUCGACGAAGAUGGAUAAUUAUCAAGGAAUGUCGCAGCUACCGUGGGGUGGCCACUCGCCGAUUUCUUCGAUAUAUCACCAGCAACAGAGCAUGCAGGAUUAUAAGUCUGAAAAUAAUUCUCUAUACGGCAGUCCUUAUACGCCGAUCGUCCAUACACCUGACAUAUCACCUGUUGCGAGUCCUGAAUCUGAAGGAGAAGGAACACACCUUCAAUCCUCUCAAAACACCGAGGCUGAGAGAGAAUUAAUGGACAGCACAGCUAAACAGCAUAACGAUUUACUAGAACAAAGUAAACGUUACUCGUAUAUGAAUACUGACAAUCAAUUGCACGCUGGACACGCCGGCGGCACAAGCAUAUCUUCCUGUCAGAAUACCGGUGGUUAUACGGAUACUUUGACCUAUAAGAAAUCGAUCGGGUACUUGAAUUUCGAGAGGCAAACAACGAGUAUCGCCGCGGUGGGGAUCGCUAAUGGCAUGAUGGUCUCCUGUAAUAAAUUACGGUCUGGUUUCGACAACGUCGGAUCAGUCACGGGGACCUUCUACCCUCCCGUGGCUUCGCCUCAUGAUCAGACGAUUCAUUUCAACAAUCCUCAGCCUUCCAAAUCUACUAAUUACUCGAUGCAGUCCAAUGUCGAGAGUAAUUACAACCAGGUUCAAUGCUCCAAUCGUCAGCAGAAUGUUAAUAUGAGGAACUCCAAUGAACAAUGUCCGACAGUAUCCCACCGAUACCAAAUGCCCCACCACCAAGACUACCCCGACACAGGGCAGAACCAGCACAUGCUAGGUCACCUCGAGCCGAUGGCGGAGGAGGAUCAGCAGGAGCUGCAGUUCGACAAGUACUACAAGUACCCCUCGCACCCCUCGAUCGCCCACUCGAGCAUGAUGUCUCAGAACCUUUUGGACAGCAACCACAACUACGCGAGCGACUUGCGCUACUACUCCCUGCACCCCAGCCAACUGGACGUCCUGAACAACCAGUGUAUCGAGGAGCGCAAGGACAACCACUGUAUCGCCGUCAACAUUGGACACACGAUAGAGCAGUACCACCAGAACGUUGACAUGAUUAAGUACCAGGAGGCCCAACAUCAGCACCAACAACAUCAACAACAGCAACAACAACAGCAACAACAACAACAACAGCAACAGCAACAACAGAAUCAGCAACAACAAAAUCAGCAAAAUCAACAAAACCAGCAACAAAAUCAGCACAAUCAAAAUUUGGAACAAGCGACCAAGACCGACGAUGAUUUCAGCGUGAUCCUUGCAGAUGUCCGUAAGACUUGCUACAGUAGUUAGUCGAGACCGUAAAUUUGUUUAAUUAAAGGCCGGAAGUUACGCGAGGGAUUUUUAUUUUAUCUAAUGAAAUGAAAUAUAAAAUGUUAAGAAAUUGUUAAAGAAAUCUAGAAGAGUUUCUACUGCAUGGUACUGCACUAAACUCCGUAGUAAUAUAAA